AUGGGUUCAGGGCUUGCGCACGACAUGCCGCGAUGGGCGAACCACCGUCCAGCUCGUGUCCUACCCAAGGGCCUUGACUGCUGCACUUUCACCGCACUCCGAGGUAGUUGCGUGGUGCUGGCGGGGAGGACGGUGGGAGGGGGGGCGAAGUCGCUCGCCGGUUUGCGCGCCGUAACCUACAUACCGGUCAACACUCCGGCUCAGUCAACACUCGCUACAGGGACAUUAGGAGCGUUCGAACCGCCAAUCCACUUGUACGAGUCCGCUGGAUCGCCGCGCGAGGACGUUGCGGGUAAUUGCGACGAAUGGUCCAGUGAGAGCUUUAUGCCA